AUGGAUCAGCUUCUCACCACUCUCUGGAGCAGAGGUGGCUGGUUCCGCGCCUUUACACCUCCUCCAACCGUCAACGAUGCUCCCCAAGGAACUCCUAUUCUCGACGUCCCCUCCGAUAUUCUGCUCCUCAUCGGAGACUACCUCAAUGAUUCAGAAAUCCUCAGCUUCAAGCUCACCUGCCGGAGCACUUAUGCUCUGUUUCCACAGACGUACAAGGCAUUGCCGCCGUACUUGAAGAAGCGCUUCCUCCCCAUGAUCGAAAAGGACCCCCUGGGUAAGGGCACUGUCUAUUGCCACCCGUGCAACAGGCUUCAUCCUUUCGUCGAGACGACUGGACCUCAGUCUGGGCCUGAACUGGGCGUUGAUGGGAAAAGACUCAAGUGUAUGAGCCGAGAUCGAUUCUCUCCAACCGGCAACCCCUUUACCCUGAGCUACAUCCAUGCCAGGCUCGCCAUGAACAGACACCUGUACGGACCCGAAUACGGCAUCCCGCUGGCGAAUCUGUGCACCGAGCAGAGCGAGCGGCGAGACCUGAUGACGGUGCAGUGCUCGACAUCGGCCAAGAUCAUGGACGACGAGCUGUUCUUGCAGCGCACCUACGUCCUGACAGUAGCUGGUAGCGAUGUGGCCGAGUUCCGCAAAUGCACCGGCGCGCGCGACUUCAAGCUGUGCGAGCACACUUCUUUCUUUCCGGCGACCUCGCCCUUCCGCCACUCCAUCCCCGAGCUGCUCAAGAAGCCCGCGACUGGCGGCGACGGCCUCGUCCCUUGCUUCGAGGCGCCGGGAUCGUGUGGCUUGUGCCUGAUGGACUAUGACAUCACGAUCCAGCCUUGUGCGGACGAGUCCUACCGCAUCGUCAUCCGAGCCACUCACCAGGUCGGCGCUUGCCGCUCGCCGCGCGACUGGAAGUGGGCGAGGUUCAGCGAGUGCUACCGCGUCCAUAUCUUCUACCCCAGCCGGCCCAACCGUCGAGGAUCUGCUUAUCGCCCGGGCUCCCUCCACAAGCAAUGGGCUGAUGACGAGAGGGAAGCCUGCGCCGUGCUGGACGGAGGAUCCGGCAAUAUGGUUAGGGGCCUGUUUGGCUUGUCUUUUCUCAGCUAG